UAGCCUCAACCAAUACACCAUUAGAUGAUACAACAAAUCCACAACUUCUACGUUAUUCCUAUGAUUUAGCCUAUAUUAAUGGAUUACCAGCGCAUACUGGUGAACUCGGUGAAUCAGUUGUCUUCAAUACAAAAGAUGGCAAGUUAUCCAUAACUAAUCCACACCACACAACAAAACCGCUGAAAAUACGUUUUAAUGCUAUCGUGAAAGAAACUGAAGAAGGUGAUGAUGAUGUGCCUGUUAGUGAUAAAUUACCCCAACUGAAAAGAUAUCGAUCAGAUUAUUAUCCGAUCAAUAUUCAGCCGGUAGAUGGAAGUGAAAAACCAUCUUGGUCAAUACAACCUGUACCAGUAUAUGACA